AUGGGGGCCUCUCUCACCAUAGCAGUUACGAGAGUGGCUUACAUGGCGUGCCCGCCUGAGGAGUCGUGCUGUUGGAGCUGGAGGACUGGUGGUGCUGUAGGAGUUGGAGGUGCCGGUUUGGGGUUGCUGCUGCUGGAGGCACUGGAGCUGGAGGCCCUGGAGCUGGUGCUAUCGACCCUGGAGUUGGAGACCCUGAAGCUGGAGGUGCCGGUUCUGGAGGCACUGGAGCUGGAGGUGCUAGAGCUGGAGGCGCUGGAGCUGGAGGCACUGGCACUGGAGGCGUCGAGGCUGGCGGCCCUGGAGUUGGAGCUGCUGGUCUUGGAGGUGCUGGUAGUGGCCGUACUGGAAUUGCCGGUGCUGCUAGUGCUGGAGGUGCUGCUGGUACGGGCCACGCUGGUCCCGGAGGUGCUAGUACUGGAGGUGCUGGAGCUGCCGGGGCUGGUGGCGCUGCAUGCUCUGGAGCUGGAGGCGCUGGAGCUAGAGGCGCUGGAGCUGGAGGUUCUGGAGCUGCUGGAGGCGCUGGAGCUGCUGGUGCUGAUACUGGGGGUGCUGCGUGUUCCCCUGCCGUCUCCUCUUGCGUCCUCUCUUCCUGCCGGUCCGGACCCUGAGUCUGACCUAGUUCGUGCUGCCAGUCUUACUGUCACGCGUCUCCUAGCCAGUGUUGUCACUGACCCUUCGUUUGAGUCUACUGCCGCGUCUGCCUUAGUCGCUGAGCUUGUUGACUUUGCUGCUGCUUGUCGUCUCGACUACACCACUAGUCUUGUUGCUGAGUCUGAGUCUGCUUGUCCUCCGUCCGUCGGAGGUGACUGUGCUCUUCGCACAGACGUCCUUGAGGAUAGGCAGGAGGACUUUGAGUGUUUUGCAGCUGCUGUACCUCAUCUCGUGUCCAUGCUGAUUGCACAUGAGGGAGACCCGGAUGCACCAGACAUCCCGACCCCGCGCUCUUACACAGAGGCGAUUGAGGGUCCCUACUCCUCUCAGUGGCAGUCAGCCAUGGACGCAGAGAUGGCAUCCUUGAAGUUCACGGGCAAUUACGUUGACGUAGUUCCCCCACCUGUAGCGAACAUCGUCAGUGGCAUGUGGAUUUUCAGGGUGAAGCGGCCGCCGGGCUCUCCGCCUGUCUUUAAGGCGCGUUACAUUGCACGAGGCUUCAGUAAGAGACAGGGAGUUGACUUCUUCCAGACCUUCUCCCCUACCCCGAAGAUGACCACUCUUCGGGUGCUGCUGCACGUCGCCGCUCAGCGUCACUACGAGCUUCACUCUCUUGACUUCAGCACAGCUUUCUUGCAGGGUAGCCUUCACGAGGAGAUCUGGCUGCGCCGUCCACCUGGCUUCACUGGGUCGUUUCCUGCAGGUACCCGGUAG